GUUGCGGCUCCUAGUGACGCGCAACCCGAAGCUAGCACCGUCGAACCCACCACCGGCCCCGUAUGGCCCGAGACGGCGCCCGAUCAUCCUCUGACCAAGUUCUACGACGCGUUUGAAGCCCUCGUCACCGAAGCGCAGCACAGCGAGGUCUACGGCAUCGAGCUCAGCAAGUCCAACGCGUUCCACACCAAACUCAUUCUGCAAAAGUUCCUGCGCGCCAACCAGAAUGACCUGAACAAGGCAAAGGCGCAGCUCCUCGAGACGCUCAAGUGGCGCAAGUCGUUUGACCCCGUCAAGGCUGCCACCGAGACAUUUGACAAGGCCAGGUUUGAGGGCCUGGGCUACGUCCUUGAGGUUGAGGGUGUACCCGAGAGCCCGAAUAAGAAGGAUAUUACUACGUUCAAUGUCUAUGGCGCUGUCAAGGAUAACAAGGCUACAUUCGGGGAUCUAGAUGGCUUCCUCCGCUGGCGCGUAGGCCUCAUGGAAAAAUCCGUCCAAGCCCUCUCCCUCUCGUCGGCCACGGCCCCGAUCCCCAACUACGGCGAAGGCCCAGACCCUUACCAAGGCUUCCAAGUCCACGACUACCUCCAAGUCUCCUUCAUCCGCCGCGACCCCCUCGUCAAGGCGGCCACCAACAAGACGAUUGAGAUUCUCGGGCGCCACUACCCAGAGACGCUGUCGCGCAAGUUCUUUGUCAAUGUGCCGGCAAUCAUGGGCUGGGUGUUUACCGCCGUCAAGCUCGUCGUCGCCAAGGAGACGAGCAGGAAGUUUGUCGUCCUGAGUGAUGGCAAGCAGCUUGCUACGCAGCUGGGCAAGGACGUGCCAAAGAGUUAUGGCGGUGAGAAGCCAGAGUUGGCCGAGUGUGCCGAGACGAUGGCUAUG